GUUUUGUGGGGGUCCAAAACUUGCCGCAAACAAGAGGUAUUUCGCCUCUGUAGCACGAAAAAGGUAGCAAUACAGUGUACGAGUCGUCUGCGCGUCCCUCAAACGAGCCGCAGUCGUGAAAUGGGUUACAGAUUAUCAUUGAACCCAAUCACCCUCAUUGGCUUUGCAGCCCUCGCGCGCGCGUUGACCGCUUCACGUCUCGAUGCGACCCACCGGAGCGCCGUGGCGACGUCGUCUCGCCGGGCGCAUCGUCGCAAACCCAACCUGCGCCGUCGCGACCGCGAGCGCCACCCGCGCCGUCGCGAGCGCGAGCGCCACCCUCAACCACGAGCGCCACCCGCCGUCGCGACGCGAGCGGUCGACGCCAUCGCAGGUAGCCAUGAACGCUAAACUGCUCCUCUGUCUCGCGGCGCUGCCGGCGGCCGUCGACGCCCUCGGCGAGUUCCAUGCGGAAGAGCUGAAGACGACGUGUCCGACGCUCGUUCCGCUCCGGCUCAACCAGACGAACACCGCCGGUUCGCUCAUGAGCACCGGCACGGUAGCGGUGCUGGACUCGGAUUACCAGGGGAGCGAGAAGCCCGCCGUGAUCGUGGUCCAGGAGUGGUGGGGGCUCAACGAAGAACACAUCAAGAAGGCGCAGAAGCUAGCGGGGGCCGGCUACCGAGCGCUCGUUCCCGACCUCUACAAAGGUAAGUUAGGCGUCGAGGCCGAGGAGGCGAAUCACUUGAUGAGUGAGCUUGAUUUUCCGACGGCCGUCCAGGAGAUCUGCACGAUCGCGAAGUGGGCAAAGGACACCGGCGCUUCCACGGUCGGCGUGACGGGCUUCUGCAUGGGCAGCGCGCUCGCGCUGUGCGCGCUCCAGGCCUGCGACGACAUCGCCGCGGGCGCGCCGUUCUACGGCUACGCACCUCAGCCUGCUGGCUGCUUCGACACCACGACGUCGACGAAAAAGCCCGUGCUCUGGUCGAGCGGCGAACUAGACCUGUUCGGGGGCUUCUCGGACCCGGCCACGGCCGCGAAGCUCGAGCAGGAGCUUGCGGACGCGGGCAACAAGGACUAUACAGUCAAGGUGUACAAAGGAGAGAUCGGCCACGGGUUCAUGAACGAGUCGCCCGAGCCCUACGCCAACGAGACGGCGAAAGACGAGGGCUUCGAGGCGAUCGGCUUCGACAAGACGUUCUACCCGUACGACGCCGACGUCGCGAACGCGGCGUGGGGCAGCCUCUUUGAUUUCUUCGAGAAGUACCUCUGAGCACGCUCCUCUGCAUUGCUCGCCACUCGCCGCCCCCAUCCCUGAACAUAUCCCCUCUGGCGGCCAGGCUUAAGAUUCUAGCGUAA